CAGGAGGUGAGGAAGCUAUCAGCAGUCUGCCAUGCUCAUCUGAUGGAUUAAGCUACAGUAUCAAUGGAAGGGAAACUUUUGGGAUUUUGUCUGACCACAGCCAUUCUGUUUUCUCGCAGUAGCUGUAAAUGCAUUACAUGUGAUGCAGUACUGAUAGUGGACAAUGACACCUAUUCAGGAGUCAUUCGAAAUGGAAAAGUUUGUCAAUCUCAGACUAACUGUACAGGGAGCUGUGCAUCACAGUAUGACAUGGAAAACGUAUGCAUUUUAUCUGUUGGAGAGAACAGAACAACUUCAGAAAAAUGUAAUCUACAAUUCAACAUCACGUUGAGGAAAAAGACCAAUUCAAGCCUGAUUACUCUGAACAAAACUGAUAUAAAUCACAAGCAAGAUGUCAAAUUGUGUUUUCCAAGGCAAAAGGCAACAUAUUAUCCACCAACAGGUUGUUCCACAGGCUGUUCCAAUAUGAAUGAAACCACAUGUGGAGUAGGUUCACCCUAUAAUCAAGUAAAUUGCAAAGAUACCACAGAUAGAUUUGUUAUCGAUCCAAACCAAGCAUUAUGUUGGACAUGUGUCAACCCUGUGAGGAUGCCAGAUGUAAACAUAUCUUUACCGAGUUCCCAUCUGCAAAUUUCAAAUGGGAUGAUAAAUGCUGCAUCGGCAUCUGUUGCUAUGAAAAAUUUAUCCUCCCUGCUUAAUCUGAUGGGAAACGCCAGUAGUGCAGCCGUUUCUUUGGGUGAUGUUAAAGGAAUCAUUAGUAAACUGGAUAAAGGAAACACCAAGAACCUCAGCUUUGGCCUUUCUUCAACUAAUGGGUUGAGUAUUGUUGCAAACCAGGGUGCUCUGACUACAAAUUUCAAUCGAUCUGUGACUAUGCCGAAAGAGUCCUCUGACCAGGCAGUUCAGAAGAAUGGCACUUUUGUUGGAGUUCUUGUCUUCCCUUCAAUGUCCCAGGAUGAAAAGAAGAGCAAUGUUCUAAAUGGUGAGGUAUUUGGAAUCGAGAUGGGAGUUCCCAUAGCUAAUCUCACAGACCCCAUUCUAAUUCAGUAUGAGAAUGUCAACAAGGAGGGAUUUAAUGCAUAUUGUAAUUCUUGGAAUGGAAAAGGGAAUCUACCCAAUUGGACCAUAGAUGGCUGUCAAACAGUGGAGGGCGAGAACAGCAUAACCUGCCAGUGUACUCAUUUAUCAUUUUUUGCAAUUCUAUUGUCACCUGCACCGAAAAACAUCAGCUCCUCAGAUGUAACGUCUCUUACCUACAUUUCCUACAUUGGCUGUGGAUUGUCCAUGUUCUUCCUGGGAGUGGCUCUCUUCAUGCACUGUGCAAUGAGCCAUACCAAAUCUAGCCAAGCCACGAAAAUCCUUAUCAACCUCUUUGUGGCUUUGUUCAUCCUGAAUCUGACCUUUCUGAUCAACCAGACCAUUGCAAACCUAGGGAGCUAUGUUCCAUGUGUGAUCGUAGCGGCGGUAAUGCACUAUUCCAUGUUGUCCACGUUCACCUGGUUCCUCAUUGAAGCAAUCCACUUGUUCCUGCAACUGAAAAAACCCAACGCUGAUACCAAACAUUGUAUGAUAAAAAUCUACAUUGAGGGAUGGGUCCUUCCAGCUGUAGUGGUCAUCGUCCUUCUGGGACUGAGUAAAUACAAACUAAUAUCCAUAAACACCAACGAUGGGAACCCAGUGAACAUGUGCUGGAUCAAUGAUGUUAACAUUGUUUACGGAGUCAACAUUGGCUACUACGCUUGUGUGUUUGUCUGUACUAUGACCAUAUUCAUCAUUGUGAUGAGACACAUCUUCAUGAUGACGAAGACCAAGGCCUCUGUAGGCCGGCAGGACUCAGCGUCUAACAACACCCUGACCAUCGUGGGACUCCUCUUCCUGCUGGGCAUAACCUGGGGCUUUGCCUUCUUCAGCUUUGGACCCCUGACCAUACCAUCCUAUUACAUCUUCAGUAUCCUCAACUCAUUCCAAGGAUUUUUUCUUUUCCUCUACUACUACAACUCAAACAAGAUAAUUGGUGAUGACAGGACAUCUUUCACCAAUGAGACUACCUCUACUUCAUCAAACAUCUACGAUAACAGACCUGUUAAUUUUACGUAUGUAGAUCAGAACCUACACUUGAAAAAAUAGCAAUAAACACAAUUUUUUUAUUUCAUAUAUA